AUGGGGAUGCUUGAAAUGCUCUACUAUAAUCUUUACCAAAGGCUGCCCAAAUCAUUAAAAAAAAAGACUAAAGUAAACAAUCAAGUUUUACUAAUGGAUAAUAUAAAUACUAUAGAUACUAACAUUAAUCUUUUUUUUGAGGAAGAACUUUUUGAUAUAGAAGAGUUGCAACUUGAAAUUGAAAUGAUUGAUACUGAAAUGAAUGAUGACAACUUGGUGAUGGAAAAAUUCUUUGAUUUUAAAGCUUAUAAACAAAAACAAGAAAUAAGUGAAGAAAGCUCACCUAUUCACCACCAAAGUUUUACUUAUAUUAAUGAGGAUUGGUCAAUUGAUGACAUCUUCAAAACCUAA